AUGCAUAUUGCCGCCCAGCACAAUGCCUAUAUCAUUGUGGAGGAGAUGAGGAAGAAAUUGCCAUUAGAUAAGUUGAAAAGACUGAUAUUAGAAGGGGACAAGAACAAAAAGUCGGCGAUAGAGAUUGCCAUCGAACAAGGACACGUUAAAACUCUCGACGAAAUGGUCAGGGACGAUAAGGCUAUACUUGACCAGACCAAAGGCGGGAAGACUGUCCUUGCAAAGACCGCCAUCAAGCAAAAACACCUCCAUGUUCUUGAGUAUCUUGUCCAAAACGACAUACAGGCAAUCACCAUGGAAGUUAUUAGUCAAGCAGUCAAUGAAGGAUCCAUUCGAAUUUUCCAAUUUCUGGUAAAACUGCGUCCCUCCCUAUUGGAACAGGACGAUUGCUGCUUACUCCAUGAAGCAGUGGAGCGCAAACAACUUGGCAUAGUCAAGAGACUUGUCAAACUGCGGCCAAACUUGGUCAGCGGAUAUAGGAAGGAUCCCACUGACUCAACUGCGCUGCCACGACCAGUUUUAUCAUACACAGAUCAGUCAGAUGAGGGAAAGGAAAUAUACGACUAUCUCCUCCCUGUCAUCAUCGAAAGGAGCGAGGUGUCUGAUAUCCGCCAACAUCUCUUAGGAUUAUCUAGUAACUAG